AGAAAAGCACGUUGUUGAGAUAUCACCGGUAUUAAUGCGUGCUUGGGUGACGUUAUAACGGUUUUCACGCUAAUUCAUACAUUGUCUAGUACUCUGUUGAGAGCAUAUUUGUUCUGGACAAAAUGACAGCGCUCUGUUUGCUUUUCAUAAGCUUAUCAUUCGCCUUAAUAACCGCAGCAUCGUCCGUUUAUUUCAGAGAGCAGUUUGAAGACGGGGAUGCUUGGAAAAGCCGGUGGCUGGAAUCCACUCAUAAAUCCGACUAUGGCAAGUUUGUGCUGUCGGCCGGCAAAUUUUAUGGCGAUGCCGAGAAAGACAAGGGCCUUCAGACCAGCCAGGAUGCUCACUUUUAUGCUAUUUCAUCUCGGUUUGAGGACUUCAGCAAUAAGGACCAGCCACUGGUCGUGCAGUUCACAGUGAAACAUGAGCAGGGCAUAGACUGUGGAGGAGGCUAUAUUAAGCUUUUCCCAUCAGACCUUAAGCAAGAGGAAAUGAAUGGAGAUUCCACAUACAAUAUAAUGUUUGGUCCUGAUAUCUGUGGCCCUGGCACUAAAAAGGUUCAUGUCAUCUUCAAUUAUAAGGGCAAGAAUCAUUUGAUCAACAAAGACAUCAGGUGCAAGGAUGAUGAAUACUCCCACCUGUACACACUCGUUGUUAAUCCUGACAACACGUAUGAGGUGAAGAUUGACAAUAAGAAGGUGGAAUCUGGAUCUCUUGAGGAUGAUUGGGACUUUUUGCCCCCGAAGAAGAUCAAGGAUCCCGAUGCAAAGAAGCCUGAAGACUGGGACGAGCGGGAGAAAAUCGGUGACCCUGAUGAUAAAAAGCCAGAGGACUGGGACAAGCCUGAAACCAUCCCUGAUCCUGAUGCCAAAAAGCCUGAUGAUUGGGAUGAAGAGAUGGAUGGAGAAUGGGAGCCUCCCAUGGUUACCAACCCUGACUACAAGGGUGAAUGGAAGCCAAAACAGAUUGACAAUCCUGCCUACAAAGGAAAAUGGGUGCACCCUGAAAUUGACAACCCUGAAUACACUCCUGAUUCUGAGAUCUACCAAUACAGCAGCAUUGGAGUGAUUGGAUUGGACCUGUGGCAGGUGAAGUCUGGCACCAUUUUUGACAACUUUCUCAUUACCAAUGACCCAAAAUUGGCUGAGGAGGUUGGCAAUGAGUCUUGGGGUGCAACAAAGGAUGCUGAAAAAAAGAUGAAGGAUAGUCAAGAGGAGGAAGAGAGGAAGAAACGUGAGGAAGAGGACAAGAAAAGAAGUGAAGAGGCAAAGGAUGAAGCAGAUGAAGAAGACAAAGACGAGGAGGACGAAGAUGAGGAAGAUGAUGAGGAGGAGGAUGAAGAAGAUGAAGAGGAGGAGGGAACAGACUCUAAACUUAAGGAUGAGUUGUAGACUUGAAAUGAAACUCCUGCCUUGUCUCCUAUUCUCAAUGGAGGAAUUUGGCAGAGACCUGAACUGUGUUGGACAUUCCUUUGUUUCUCAUCUCAGACAUUUAACAUGUUCAGUUCUGGUGCUGCAAGCAUAUUUAUAACUAAAGCAUACUUCAUUGAGCUUCUUCAGCAUAACCAAGUGGUGUUCAGAGGAACUGAUAUAAGAGGAAUGGCCCACCUUUGUAAUGAAUACAGUGUACAUGAUGGAUUGGGGAAAUUAUGCAACAUGAUUAAGAAGGCUGCAAAAAAGUGAUGGUACACAAAGUCUCUGUGAAUCUCUGCUGUUCAGCUGAAUUCACCAUUUUGUCCUCAUUCAUUUGUUACUGUAUUAUCUGAACAUUUAGGAGCCUGAGAUUCCAACAGAUUGCUGUUCAUUUUCCAUCCAUAGUGCAAUAUGAUUGAACUCUAUGAUUGCGUUUGAGCGCAAGAAUCCUUGUAAGUUUUUUGUUUUUGUUUGUAUGAUUCCAAAUCUAACCUCAAAGAAAAGAUAAAAUUGUAUUGUUAAUAUUUGACAUACCUCCA